GUAAAGCCAUGAGCUCACUACCAAUGGACGACUUUUGGGGAGCGUUGAAGCCCGUCAUUUUUGUGGCCCAAAUAUUCACCCUUUUCCCAGUGCAAGGUGUUUUCGCGGAAGACAUCUACGGAAUCAACUUCCGGUGGCGUAGUCUAAGGACGCUGUACUCGUUGUUCUUUCUUGUGCUGGGCAUUAUCUUUAUCUGUACGCAGAUCAAUUUGACGGUUCUUUACAAGGGAACUCUCUGGGAAGUCGGUGGAAUUCUGUACUUUGGACUAAACUUAACUGGAGCGAUUUACUUUUUAAUAAUCUCCAGGAAAUGGCGUUCCAUAAUGAUAAGGUGGAAAUCUAAAGAAGAUGUGUUCCUGAGACCUCCGUUUAGAAUGUACGGACGUAGCUUAAAGUUUAAAAUUAGACUUAUCGGAUUUUCUGUAAUCAUACUCGCUAUUAUCGAAGAAUCACUACACUUAGCGUCAACAAUCAAAGUUCAUCACAAAUAUAUCAACUUUUGCAAUGUAACCGGCACUUUUUGGGAGCUAUACUACAACCGAGAACAUACACGAGUGUUCAAAUACGUCAGCUAUAACGUGCUUACUGUGCUGUUGGUUGAGUUCACUCACAAAGUGUAUCUGUUCAUUUGGUCCUUCAUGGAUCUCUUCAUUACGCUCAUCAGCAUCGGACUGCUGACCCGAUUCGAACAGUUUUACCAACGAAUCGAGCACCUCAAAGGAAAAUCAAAGCCGGAAGUAUUUUGGGCAGAAGUGCGCGGAGAUUAUACCAAGAUAUCCAGUUUGGUAACGUACUUGGACGAGAUUCUAUCGCCAAUGAUUUUGAUCACGUGUGCUUCGGACGUGUUCUUCAUCACGUUUCAGCUGUACAUGGCAGUUCGUAUGAAAACAACGUCGAUCACCAAAAUCUACUAUCGCUUUUCGCUGAUUUUCCUCAUAUUCAGAGCUCUCCUGAUGCUGCUCAUCUCGUCCCACGUAUACGUGGCAUCACGCAAACCACUGAAGGUCCUCCGAGCUGUUCCCAUGAGCUCGUGGUCUACUAGCGUACAAAGAUUCAUCAACGAAAUUUUAACGAUUGAUAACGCACUCUCUGGGCAUCGAUUCUUUUACCUCAAGAGGAGUGUUAUUCUAACGAUGGCAGGAACGUUGGUAACAUACGAGCUGGUGAUGCUUAGCGAAGAGAAACCACUUGAAAAUUCAAACAUUUGUGGAUAAUUUUUUGUAUGGGAACAAUACAUUGUCAAUACAUAACGAUUGCUACAACGUAUUUCUCCUGAAAACUAUGCAUUAUUUACAGCAAUACAAAAAUCUUUUCUCUUUCUGGUUACCAGAUUUAAACAAAAAGUUAAAUGUGUGUUUGUAAAACAAAUCAUCAUCGUUUCUUUUGAAAAAAAAAUAGACUUUCAAUCAGACGAAAAUCUCAUCUUCGGGGCAACUAUUAUUUCACUGAUCUAAUACUAUAACAAAUAUAACUCAUUUUGAAAACUAAUUUAAUUAACUCAUCGCCCAUCCCGA